AUGGAUUAUGAUGAUAAAGACGAAAACCAGUUUCACUGGAUAGCGUUCACGGAUGGAUCAAAACAAGUUGAUGGAGUGGGAGCAGGUGUAUAUAUAAAAAAACAGGGUACUAACACCACCAGUUACCAAGCCAGCCUAAAGCUUGCAAAAUAUUGCUCAAACGGCCAAGCGGAGAUUUGGGCAAUUUACUAUGCAUUAAAACACAUAAAUGGAAACCUCGAUAAAUACAAAGGAAACAUUAAAAUCUAUGUUGACAGCAGAAUGGCACUGCAUACAUUAAAGAAAAACAGAAACAUCACCAUGCUGGGCAGUGAAAUGAUUAAAGAAGCCCAAAAGGUAGCAAACAACAGAACUAUAAAAUUCAAUUGGAUCCCGGCACACAGAGGCAAGGAGGGUAAUGAGACCGCAGACCUCCUGGCAAAAAAGGCAUGUCACCAUAAUACAAACAUCACGUAUAAAAGACUACCGAACUCUGCACUCAAUCAUCACCUAAGACAAUGGGAAAUAGAAAAAUGGCAGAGCGAAUGGAACCAAUCGAGCACCGGAAGACAUUGCUUCAGUUAUAUACCAUACAUAAAGGAUAGGUUAAAAAAUAAGCAUUUUAGGAUAAGGCACGAAACCACCCAAGUAUUAACGAAUCACGGCAAAUUCUCUGCCUAUUUGCACAGGAUUAAAAAAACAGAUAAUGGAAAGUGCCAUUGUGAUGGAGUCAGCGAAGGGGACGCAAACCACUACAUCUAUGAUUGUAACAUCUACGACCAAUUCAGAUAUCCAUUAUAUAGAGAAUGCAUAACACAAGGAGUUGGAUGGAGACCCCAAGCAAAUGAAAUAUUUAACAGAAAGGAAAUCUGGGAACAACUAGAAAAUUUUGUCAGGAAAACUAAAGCACUGCUACCUGACUAUCACUACAACAUGGAAACUCAAGGUACUAAUUCGGAUCUCAACAAUGACACUCCGGAGGAAUCGGACUCACAAAGGAGUGAGAUCUUUAGCAGUGAUAGUGAGGACAGCGACUACGACUUAUAUUAG